CAGUCUUCCCUUCAAUUCCCUUCCAUAAUACAUGGCUCCACAUGGAUUCAAACUUGCAAUAUUCUUCACUGUGGCUUUCAUUCUUUCCCUCACUCUUCUACUUCCCAUAUCAGGUGAUGCAGGAGGUAGAUCAUUGUUGGGAGGGGAGGAAAGCAAUAAUAAGGCGGUGAUAGGGUCAAGGCCUCCGGCAUGUGUAGACAAGUGCAUGAAGUGCAGGCCAUGCAUGGCUACGGUCAUCGUUCCCAACCACAGAAGGAGUAAGGGUCUCUUCAAACACGACGAUAAGGAUGACAGCUAUUACCUCCUUUCAUGGCGAUGCACAUGCGGCAAUAAGCUCUUUCACCCUUAAUAAUCCCCAUUUCCUGCACCUUCAUUCUAUAUAAUAUACAUAUGACUAGUGCUUUGCUUACGCACACUUCAUCCAUCUCUCUAUUCGUUAGCUUUCUCAUGUCUUGUGUGUGUGUAUAUGAAUAUCAUGACCAUAUAAUCAAUUAAAUUAAUGUGAUGAUGAUUUUGAUUAGUCAACUAAUUGCACCACUUUGUUACUCAUGCUGCGCUACUUAGUUUUCUGUAUCUUGAUUCCAGCUAGCUGAUUCAGCUAGUCUCCUUUCCACACUCGCAUGCAUGCAUGUUGCAUCACUGUUUCAAGUCUAGAUUAGAUGUAAUUUGGGAGGUUUAUUUGAUUUAAUUGUAUUUGAGACUAAUGAUUUAAUUUACAUAUCGAGAAUAGAGUUUGAUCCAAUUCCGAGUGAGUCCAUACUUAAUGAUGCAGUGAUACCUCU